AUGGACCAGCGCAAUGCCCCGUACGGCAUGCUCACGGGCCGCGAGGGCCUCCCCGGCAGCGGCAUGCCCCAGCAAAUGCCGCCGCCGCAACAGCCGCAGCCGCCGCCGCCGCAGCGUGUGUCACAGCCGACCAUGCAGCAGCACUACAGUAUGCAAGAUAUGAUGUUCGACCCGCUGCCGAUGGGCAACGGCAUGUACCAUCCAGCCGCAGCCGUGAACGGCGGUGGACACAUGAUGCACCCACACCAGCCUGGGGCGCGUGCGCCGGGGGGCAUGCAAGUCCUGGGGACCCUAAUGUCAAGUCAACAGGGUAUGGGCACGCCGGAGGACGACCUGGACGACCUCAUGAGCGCUCUCGGCGAUUCCGUCGGCAUGACACAGCAGCAGCAGCAGAACAUGGGACAGCACAUGGCGAGUCACGUGUACGACCACUUGCAGCCGCGCUCGCUGGGGCUGCAGCCGGGAAGUACCCAGGGCCUGCCCAUGUCCACGCAGAUGCAAUCGAUGCAGCAAGGCAUGGUGAGCCCCAUGCACAUGAAUCAAAUGCCGUCCAACGACAUUGGAGCUGCUGCGCGGAUGGGCGCAGUGGGGAUGCACCAGCAGCCCAACCUUAGCGCGCCUUCGAUGGGAGGUAUCGGUGGCCUCGAGGCGAGCAACGUGACGCCUGUUGCGCCUCGGCCACAGGCUCCAGUCGCUCCGAACGCGAUUGUCCCCACGUUGAUGACGCCCAAGUUUUCCGACAGCUCCCGAACGUUGACAACGUCGAGCAACAAUGGAGGAAGCAGUGACGAGGACAUUGGCAUGGGCGAAGGGGACGUCCAGAAGAAGAAGGAGCGCCGUCGUCAGCAGGUGCGGUAUGCGUCGCGCCGUCGCCGCAAGAAACAGAAGGACGAGGAGAGUUUCCUGCGUGACCGCAUCGCCGAGCUCAAGGAGCAGAUUCGGAUCAUUGGUGGAGACUUGACGGAGCAGUGCUCGCAGAUGGCCGGCAUGAGCGAGCAGGCGUUGACGGAAGCGUACGAGAAGCAGAUGGUGACGGUGCAGACGCUGCGCAAGGACAACAACAAGCUGAAGGAGCAGCUAUUGCAGCACGAGAACUUUGCUCGCAUGAUCCAGUACGGUCUGAACGCAUUGCCAAGCGACUGCCGCGACGUGGACCGCAAGAAGAUCGCUGGCGUCCCGAUGUGGAUCAGCGACCAGAUGAACCCUCUGAAGGGUCCGACGUUGGUAGUGGAUCUGAACUUGUGCCACGAAGCCGUGCGGCACGCGUACAAUGAGCUCAAGACGUUCGGCCCGACCGUGAACUCGAAGACGAACGUGUGCUACGCGAUGGGCUGGAAGACAGAGUUGUGGGCCGCGAGCACAUGUCUGAACUUCCGCGCCGUCCGCUCGAUCAGCGACAAGAACAUUCGCGAAGUGGCGAACGCGUCGUGGGACAUCAUCACGUCUCCGGAGAAAUUCAAGCGCAUUUAUCCGGACGUGAAGCAGUUCCGCAUUUUGCAAAAGGUGACGGACGACAUUGUGGUGGUGCACCGCAUCGUCUCCGUUGCGUCGGACCUGUCGGAUCGAGAGUUUAUUUCUGUGGCGUUCCGAUUUCGGGACGGUGACAACUACUUUAUCGGGCUGAAAUCCAUCACCGUCCAGACUGAGGCCGCUGAGAACUGCAUCCGCGGCGAGGAGUGUCAGGGUUGGAUGUUCUUGGGCGAUGAGAACGAGACGCCUCAAUGGAAGGCUCACUUUCUGGGCUACUAUGAUGUCAAGGGCGAGAAGGACGACAAGGUGCUGAACCAGUUGGCGAACGAGUCAAUGUUCGGUAUGUUGCGAUGGGAAAGCGAGGCCAUGCAUCCGCUGAGCGCGUAA